UCACAACACAAUAAAACGUAUCUGCUGUAAUCAUAUUUAGUCGUUAACAACAUGUCUCUGGAUUCAGGUGCUGGUGGUGGCAGCGGCGGCACAUCGUCCAAGACCAUCGAUGAACUUCGCAUGGAAGUUGAGCGUUUAACGCGUGAACUCGAUCAAGCGACCAGUGAACGGGCACAAUCGGCCCAAUAUGGCCUAUCCCUGUUAGAGGAGAAAUCGGCAUUGGAGCAACGUCUCGAAGAGCUGGAAACAUUGUACGACAAUGCCAAACAUGAAUUGGAUAUAACACAUGAAGCUCUUACCAAAUAUCAGACCUCGCAAAAAGUCACAACAAAAACUGGCAUCGAGCAGGAGGAGUCACUGCUCAAUGAAUCGGCAGCAAGGGAGACAUCAUUAAAUCUACAAAUUUUAGAAUUAGAAAAUGAAGUGAAACAAUUGCGUCAUGAAUUGGAACGAGUACGCAAUGAACGCGAUCGUAUGCUGCAGGAGAAUUCCGAUAUUGGACGCGACAAGUCCGAUAAUGAGGCGGAGAAGUUGCGUCUCAAAGCCGAGCUGAAGGAACUUAAAUUUCGUGAAACACGAAUGCUCACAGAAUAUUCGGAAUUGGAGGAGGAGAAUAUUACACUGCAAAAGCAAGUCUCAAGUUUACGUAGUUCACAGGUUGAAUUUGAAGGUGCCAAACAUGAGAUACGUCGUCUGACUGAAGAAUUGGAAUUACUAAAUCAACAAGUUGAUGAACUGACGAAUUUGAAAAAGAUUGCCGAAAAGCAAAUGGAAGAGGCUUUGGAAACAUUGCAGGGUGAACGUGAAGCUAAAUACGCUCUCAAGAAGGAACUUGAUAGUCAUUUGAAUCGCGAAUCCAUGUAUCACAUAAGCAAUUUGGCGUACAACAUACGCGGUACGAUUUGUGAUGACAACACCAGUGCCAACAGUGAUGGAGAAGAUGACAACAUGGCCUUAAAACGUUUCGAGGCCAAUUUGUCGACGGAAAUUAAAUCACCCGAUGGCACCAAAUGUGAUCUCUUCUCCGAAAUUCAUUUGAAUGAAUUGAAGAGACUCGAAAAACAACUCGAAUCCAUGGAGAAUGAGAAGACCCAUUUGACGGCCAAUUUACGUGAAGCCCAAACCAGUCUGGAUAAAUCACAAAAUGAAUUGCAAAACUUCAUGGCACGCCUGGCUAUUUUGGCCGCUCACGUAGAUGCACUGAUGCAACUGAAAAAGCAAUACGACAACAAAGAAGAUUCACAAGAGGCUAUUAAACAACAACAAAACGAGGAGAACCUCAAACAACAAUUACGUGAUACCCUGUCCAAAUAUAGCAAUUGGUUCACCUUGUCCUCCAAGGAAAUCGAUGGUCUCAAGACUGAUUUGAAUGAACUGCAGAAGGGCUUGAAUUACACCGAUGCGAUGACAUCGCUUCGUAACGAAAUUACCAAUCUGAAAAACAAGCUACUGUCCACAGAGCAGAAAUCUUUGGAUUUGCAGAGUGAUGUCCAAACGCUGACAAAUAUUUCACAAAAUGCUGGUCAAAGUUUGGGUUCAGCCCGUUCAACAUUGGUUGCAUUGAGUGACGAUUUGGCUCAAUUGUAUCAUUUGGUGUGCACAGUAAAUGGUGAAAUGCCAACGCGAGUAUUAUUGGAUCACAAGAGUGAUGAUAUGAGCUUUGAAAAUGAUUCAUUGACCGCCAUACAAUCACAAUUCAAAUCCGAUGUAUUCAUAUCGAAACCACAAAUAAUCGAAGACCUGCAGGGAUUGGCUGAUUCAGUGGAAAUAAAGAAAUAUGUUGACACUGUAUCGGAUCAAAUUAAAUAUCUGAAGACCGCAGUUGAGCAUACCAUUGAGCUUAAUAAGAAUAAAGUUCGUGGUGAUGUUUCUGAUGGUGAUAAAUACAAUCGCGAAGAAGUCGAAGAAUUGCAAGAACAGAUUAUUAAACUCAAGAGUUUGUUGUCAACGAAACGUGAGCAAAUCGCCACCCUGCGUACUGUGCUUAAAUCCAACAAACAGACUGCUGAAGUUGCACUCACCAACCUCAAAUCCAAAUAUGAAAAUGAGAAGAUGGUCGUAAGUGAGACCAUGUCCAAACUGAGAAAUGAAUUGAAAAUCCUCAAGGAGGAUGCAGCAACAUUCUCAAGUUUGCGUGCAAUGUUUGCUGCCCGUUGUGAAGAAUAUGUCACACAAGUUGACGAUCUUAAUCGUCAAUUGGAAGCUGCCGAAGAAGAGAAGAAAACUCUUAAUCAACUCCUGCGUUUGGCCGUUCAGCAAAAAUUGAGUUUAACACAAAAAUUGGAAGAAAUCGAAAUGGAUCGAGAAAUGCGUCACGCACGCCGUCCUAUGCCACCACAGCGCGGUACUGGCGGUAAAUCAUCCUUUUCAUCACGGCCCUCGACAAGAAAUCCGGCAAAUAAUAAUCCAAAUAACUUCUAACAUAAAAUCAGCGUGCAGCGUAAACUUUUAGCUUUAGUUUAUACUCUACUUAAGUUAUAAAUUUAAUUUAAUACAACAGCAACAACUACAACACCACUACUAAACUAACACAAGCAAAUUUAAUUUAUGUCG